AUGGUUGACAACAGCUCAGUCAUUGGUGGUGAAUCCUCAAUGCGACAACUCAAUGACCAAGUCAUCAUUGUUCAGGUUUUGGUAGGAGUUUUCCUUUGCAUCAACACUAUGUUGAUCAUAACCUUUUUUAUGAAGGACACAUUUUACAGAACUAUGCGCUACAUCUUAUUUGCUGUCACAUUACUGUCUGAUUGUCUCACUUUAAUUCUGACAAAUCUGUUGCUGAUCUUGAGCUAUUUCCGUUUUUCCAUGCAGGUGUUGUUGUGCCUUAUUAUGUUUGCAGUUUCAUCCAUGUGUAACUUUGUCACACCAUUUACUUUGACAGCAAUGACCCUGGAGCGCUAUGUGGCCAUUUGUAUGCCCCUGCAUCAUGGAGAGCUUUGCUCCACACGCAGCGCUCUGCAGUGCAUCCUCAUCAUUCACGGCCUCAGCUCUGUGCCCUGUAUUUUGACUCUGUCUGUCUUCUUUGCAUCUGUAUCCUUAAGCUUCUUCACACAGUACCGGGUUUGCUCUGCGGAGAUGUUCAUUUUACGUAGUUGGCAGGGUCAUCUCAGGUCAGCUAUAAGUCAGUUUUACUUCUUGAUUAUGUGCAUUAUCAUUGUUUUCUCCUAUAUUCAAAUAAUGAAAGUGGCCAAAGCCGCAUCAGGAGAGAACAAAAAGUCAACACAUAAAGGGCUCAGAACAGUGGCUCUUCAUGCUUUCCAGCUGUUGCUGUGUCUCAUCCAGCUGUGGUGCCCAUUCAUUGAAGCUGCUGUCCUUCAGAUUAAUUUCAUGUUGUAUGUUAAUGUACGGUACUUCAACUAUAUAAUGUUUAGUCUUACUCCUAGAUGUCUGAGUCCUCUCAUUUAUGGCCUCAGAGAUGACAAAUUUUUCCUUGCAUUAAAAUAUUAUGUCCUCUGUCCCUUACACAGGAAAAAAAAACUGUUGGGGUUUCUAACUAACAACAAAUGA